AUGACCGAGAAGUAUGCAGAUGACGAUCCAUUGGCGGAGCCAAAAAACACUCAACAUAUUGAUUUGUCUAAAUUAUCACCGCAAGAAUUGAAGAUUUAUAAAAUGUAUGGCAAGUUACCAUCAACACAACAGAUUUUAAGUUCUAAAUUCCACGAUAAGAAAUAUUUCGAUAGCGGCGAUUAUGCUAUGCAAAAGCAGAAAGGUGGUGCAUUGAAGAAUGUAUCUGGGUUAGGCGGGGGCGUUGGUGAUGGUAUCCCUUCUAGACACCCUAGUGCUGAACGAAUGAAGGAAAUGUCGGUAAGGAAUAGUAUAAGUGCUAGCAAUGCCCAGAUUUUUGCCAAUGGUAAGAGCGGGCUUUUGAAUGAGAGUACUCCGAAACCCAGCGAAGGGUUAAAGAAGAGCAAGGAAAAGAGUAGCAAGUAG